UGGAGAGGACGUCGUCUCUCUUCGUAGCGCAACCUGAAAAAGCCUAUUUCGCAAAAUGAUAAUCGGAGAACGCUCUCGGUCACAUCCGACCGUCCAGAUCCCAUCGUGGGACCCACCAACCGAUCCAACGGUCACGCUCUCCUCCGUUAACUUCAAUGGUGUCGGAGAUUAUCCUCUCUCUCCGUCUCCUUACCUCGACUCCAUCGCCUCUCUCUACCGUUACCUCCCGUCAAACGAGUUUGCUGCCGAUUCUGACUCAUUGAGCGGCGACGAGUCAGGUGCUGACGCGUUCGCGUGCGACGAUUUUCGCAUGUACGAGUUUAAGGUGCGUCGGUGCUCGCGCAGCCGAUCCCAUGACUGGACCGAGUGCCCAUUUGCCCACCCCGGCGAAAAAGCUCGACGACGCGAUCCGAGGAAGUACCAUUACUCGGGCACGGCUUGUCCCGAGUUCCGCAAGGGGAGUUGCAGGAAAGGUGACUCGUGCGAGUUCGCUCAUGGCGUGUUCGAGUGCUGGCUCCAUCCCGCUCGUUACCGGACUCAACCAUGUAAGGACGGGACGAGUUGCCAGAGAAGAGUAUGUUUCUUCGCUCACACGCCGGAACAGCUACGUGUAUUGUCCGGUUCGGGCGAGUCGGAUCUCGGACUCUGUGUUCGCAAUCGAUUCGAGUCUCAUUUUUCGAAAUCAGUGAUUGCUUCUUCUCCGACUUCGAUCCUUGUCUCUCCUCCGAUCUCUCCGCCGUCGGACUCUCCGACCAUGUCGUCGAACUCCGACGGGCUCAUCCCAUACAUGCGGAAAAUGCGACUUAGCGGCGGCUCCUGGGGCUCGCCGGUGGGAUCCGGGUUUGGAUCGCGCGGCUGUGCCGUUUUGAGGCCCGGGUUUUGCAGCACGCCGACGACUCCGACUCGGGCUCGGACAUGGUUGGGACUCGGCGAGAUCGAUGCGUGGGACGCUGCAUGCGAAGAAGGGAGAGCGAUGGAACUGGUGGAAUCUGGGAAGGAGCUGAGGGCGAGGAUGUACGCGAAACUCAGCAAGGAGAACUCACUCGGCCGAGUCGACUUGGCGGUUCCGGGUCCUGACAUUGAGUGGGUCUCCGAGUUGUUCAAAUGAUUCCUGAGGCGUGUCGACUCGACCAGGUACAGUACACGUACGAUCACCCCAGAGUUCAUGUGAAUAUGGAGAUUUCCUGUGUAAAUAAAAUGCUCGACAGACCAAAAAAUGGGACAAGGAUUUUGUAAAGAGGAAAGUAUUUUGUGGUUUAUUUCUGCAAUUUAUAACAUUUUUAAGUGUCUUAUAUUUCAUCGUAUUUUGUUUGCCGGCAUUAUCUGUUUUUUUUUUAAUUUCUUGUUUAUGUUUAUGAUAUGUAAUUACUUAUCUCGCUAUUUUGGAUAAUAUUUCCAUGUUGUAAUGACUUUUUUUAAGGGGUUAGUUGGUUCA